AAAAUACUUGAUAUUUAAUCGAAAAAACGUCAAUCAUGAAUUUCAAAAUCACCAGUGAAUUAUAAUCUCGCGAAUAUGUCCGACAAACAAUUAUUAUACACGCGUUUGUGCAAACCAUGCGGUCAAUUCAAGAAGAUUUUAGUGUGGGCGAAUGGUGAUCAUCAAUGUUAUGUAUUUAAUAUUAACACUGAUAAAUCGAAAAAUUGGUCUGUGUUUCUGAAAGAGGUGUCAGAGACGAUUCUACCGCAUUUCGGAGCCAUCAUCAAAUUGGUAGAAUUGAAGACCAGAAAAGUGGUCAACACGUUCGAGGAGCUCGUGCCCAAUAAGAAAUACGUCGGUCUUGGUGCUAAUUGUACUUGCAUAAAAGAACCAUUGUGUGGUUACAAAACGAUCGAAGAUCUAAAAAAAAUCGCUCAACGCAAGAGCAAAAAGCAGGUUCCCCCGAGAGGGGUGAAAGUGAACGAGAGUAAGAGAUUUUUGAAGGAAACAAAAAAACUAAAAAACACCGUCAUAUAUCUCAUGGUGAACGGCAACAAUGACAUUACCCAAAAAGCCGUUUUCAAGCACAAUGAAAUCGAACAGUACGACGUAGUGUGCACGUACUUAGCGAAUAUUUUGCGAAUCUCCCAGGGUAUUCAGUACAUUUACACAACCACGGGUACCCCUUUGAAAGAUUCCAAGCAAUUUAGGCACGGAUCCCUAUACGUUGCAGUACCAUUCGGGGAAACUUUCAUCAAUAUGAAUUACAUUGAAUUGUUCAAAGAAAAGUACCCAUUUUUAAACAGGAAUAAGACUCCUCUCAAGAUUUCGUCGCGUUACAGUUACAUAAUUGUCAAGCGUAAAAAGUCUAAAGAAAAAGAAAAAGAAUUUAAGAGUAUCGGAACAACUUCACAUAACACUGUUCAAUUGCAGAUACCAGGAUUAACGACUCAAGCCCAGCAGAUGCGGAAAGUGGUGAAUGCCGAGAAUGAUGUAUUCGUGAAAAAAGAAGAGGAUGCUUCUUCGGCUCAAGUCACUACCGAAACUGUCGAUUCUAAUCUAUUAAGCAAUGCAAAGUUGUGUACAUUCGAAUCGCUUGCCCUGCAGAAUAAAUCUGAUAUGACUAACAAUAAGGAAGUCAAAGAUUCGACUUUGUAUGGCAAAAACUGCCGCUCGGAAUGCAUUCACUUCGCUUUGCACCCUGCAAAGAAAAUUCCCACUCGAUUCAGUUACACUGCAGCUUGUAAAACGUUCAGACAAAAAUUUUUCGAAUAUGAUAACCAACCGAAUCUAAUAGAUCACAACAAUAAUGAAAUAAUCAAGGAAAACGCGGAUAUACAAGAACUGGAACUAAAUAGUUCAGUAUCUAAUCAGGUAUCUUCAAGUACAUUAAAAACGGAAAGCAACUCAAAAUCAUUGAAAAUGUACCAAUACAUCCAAUCUUUGACCAACAAUGACACUGAGCAAACUCCAGAAAUGGAUGAUUACUUCAAUGCAUUAUUAGAAAAAGUUAUAGCAAUAUCCGAACAAAAAGAAAACAAGGCUGAAUUUGAUUCUGCUCAAGAAAUUGCUAACGAAACUGACAGUGUACCCAAACUGUCUGUAGAAAUUAAUCUACUUCCCAAUGAGGGACAAAAUGCGCUAAAUAGAAAAUCCCCUAAUAAAAUGAGCGUAACGAUAACAUUUCAACCAUCAAUGGAAUCCGUUAUCAAAUCAAAGCCAGAAAUAAAUAUGAAUGGAGAUACCAUUUGCAACCAAAACUUAAAUUCUAACAGAAACAUUAAAUUGCUGAUAAAUAAUAUAAUAGAAGGUGUUAAAAAAGCGAUUACCAACAAUGAUACAGAUACAAUCGAUGGACGUGCAGAAGAAACAUCACCACAAAAUUCAGUUAAAGCACUACCGAAUACCGAUGAAAAACCUGUAAUUCAUACUUUAAAACCAGAGGAAAUGAACAAAAUUGUGGACAUAGUUAAAAAAUCAAUAGUUAAAGAAGAAAAUUCUACAAUUAAAUUCUACUUUGAAUCGAACAAUAAAGUAGACAAAUCUUCUAAUGAAUCAUGCAAAGAAAACCACCCAACGAAAAGUAAAUACAAUUACGAGGCGAAUAACACUGAAAUUUGUGAAAAAGGGUUGUCAUUGCGCAGUAAAACUGCCAUUGAUUCGAGUAAAACCGAAUUAUCAGAUGAAAAAAAAUCCAAAAGGGAAAUAGAUAACGAUGUGAAAAUAUUGUUAGAACCGUUAAAAAUUUCCGAGACAAGCAUCGACCAUAGUCAAUUUUCCACUACUGAAGCUAGUUUACCGGUAAAAGCUUCUACAUCACAAACCGCCCAGGCCGACUUUAAAUUAAUAAACUUCUCUGUAAUUAUAGAUGUAAGUAAACAAUUGCACGGUCAAGAACCGAAGCAUAAUGAAGAUGUUGGAGAGAUAACUAAGAAAGUUUACCGAACCUCAAUUACCAAAGAUGUUAAACAAAGAACCGCAUUUAAAUUAAAUAGAAAGAAGCCGAUUAAAAAUAGGGACAAAAAGAGUGAAAGCUCUAUAUCUAGUAUAAUAAGCGUAGUGGAUUCGACGUCAGAAAGAUCAGUAAGUGUAUUAUCCAGCCAGAUAAUUCUUAACGGUGUUGAACAAAGAAUAUCGUCGUCAUCGUACACUCCAACUUAUUGUCAACAAAGCUCAGCUUUAUUACUUUCAAGUAACCAAUCAUUAAAUUCGUAUAAAAUCAAACCAAGAUUGCCAAAAGGAAAUGUUGAACAAAGAACCGUUCCUGGUUUACAGUCCAACGAAAUUGAAGAUGUUGAACAAAAAAUUCAUAAUAUGGACUACAUGCUACGGACUGUAGAGCAAGAAUCGAGCAAACAUUCAUCAGACCAUACUGACAGUGAGCAAACAAUAAAUAAUAGUGAAUCUAAAGAAGUUGAACAAAAAUCUGAGGAAUACUUAUUAGAUCGAGCUGAUAGUAAUCAAAAUAUAAAUAAAAGACAAUCUAGAGAUGACGUUGAACAAGUUUACUCUAAAUCUGAAACUGAAACAAAUAUUGCAGAUGUAGAACAGCAAUUACGACUGGAUGAUGUUGAACAGAGAACUCCAUCUGCAUCAGAUAAUGAUACAAAUACUGCAAAGAGAAGUACAUUUUUAACCAAGACUUCUGAAUCAAAUUUGGAUUUACCUAAGGAAAGGGCCAACUUAAAUAAUGUUACUAAAAAUAAACGAGAAACCUUUGAAGAUGUUGAACAAGAAACUUUGAAAGAUGUUGAACAAGAAACUUUGGAAGAUGUUGAACAAGAAACUUUGGAAGAUGUUGAACUAAAAAUUAAUAUAUCUAAAUCACAAUUAAACCAACUUGAAUCCAGUCAAACUAGAGUUGAAAACGAUGUUGAACAAGAAACUUUGGAAGAUGUUGAACUAAAAAUUAAUAUAUCUAAAUCACAAUUAAACCAACUUAAAUCCAGCCAAACUAGAGUUGAAAACGAUGUUGAACAAGAACAUUUGGAAGAUGUUGAACUAAAAAUUAAUACAUCUAAAUCACAAUUAAACCAACUUGAAUCCAGCCAAACUAGAGUUGAAAACGAUGUUGAACAAGAAACUUUGGAAGAUGUUGAACUAAAAAUUAGUACAUCUAAAUCACAAUUAAACCAACUUGAAUCCAGCCAAACUAGAGUUGAAAACGAUGUUGAACAAGAACAUUUGGAAGAUGAACAACAAUUUAUUUUUUUUAAAUCGAAAUCGAACCUACCUGAAAUUAAACAAACUACCAUAGGAAAAGGUGUUGAACAAAAACCUUCGGAAGAUGUUGAACUAGCAAUUAAUAAUUCUGAAACCAAAUCAAAUGUACUUCAAUUUAAACAACCUAACAUAGAAAAAGAUGUUAAACAGAUUAAUAUUUUGGAAGAUGUUGAACAGAAAACUUCAUCUGCAACAUUAAUUAACAUGUACACUACGAAUAGAAGCGCAUUCUUAGCAAAUCCUUCUGAAUUAAAUUUUGUACCACGAAUGAAAAAUAGUGAAAUCAAUUGUAAUUCAUACUCUCAAAGUCUACCUGCAUUUAAACAAUCUACUAGAAAAAAAAAUGUUGAACAGGAACCUAUAGAAGAUGUUGAAGAUGAAAUUUCAUUUAUAUUAGAAAACGAUAUUAACAUUAAACAAGAAUCAAAAUCUACCAAUCAAUUAUACGAAAAAUGCAGUUAUAAAACGCUUUCACAUGGAUUUAAAGAGCGAACCAAACAAAGAGAUGUUGAACAGGAAUUAAACAAGAAAUUGUCACAAAAAACAGGUAAUGAAAAUAUGUGUGAACAGUUGGUAAAAUUAAAAUGCACAAAUAUUAAUAAGAUAUAUUCGGAAGAUGUUGAACAAUUAAGUUUUAACCAAACUGACGCAAAUGCACAAGUUUUAUUAGACCAUUGUCCGCAAACUUGUAAGAUAGAUGUUCCACCGGAAUCAACGAUAUCCCUCACGAAUACCGAAAUAAUUCCCUUUGAUAGUGAAACGAGCAUUAACCAGGGUGCUGAAGAACAAGUGACGCGCAGCUUUACCGAACAUACAGAAAUAUCUACACCGAGUAACAUCCAAAGUUCUAUUAAAAGCGGCACGAGUAUACUAGAUAUGAGCUGUGAAAAAACAGUUUCAUUAACUCAUACACCUGCAUUAACUAAAGCUUCAAUAACUAUUUCUUCGACCAAGCCAUUAUCACUAAAACUCAAUCAGUCAGAUAAACAAGCUAGUACAAGUUUUAAUAAUGGCACACACAAUUAUGAAAUUGACGAUUGCAAUAUGCAUUCAUUAGCUCGAACAACCAGUGUUUCUUUGGAAACCAUUACCGGUGAUGGAUCAUCGAUUUGGAACGUGGAAAACUCGGAAAACUCGGAAAACUAUGUAAAUCUUAAAGAUGAACAAAUAUUAAAAUCAGAUGUUACCUCUUCAUCGUGUAGCACCAAUUCGUUAAAAAGUAGUACGAUUUUUUCUAAUUUAUCAAUUGAAAAACAUCAAUCGAGUUUAGCCUCUGUGUCUAGUUUUCAUGAUGAGGAAUAUUCAACUAGUGAAGUGGAAUCUACAAUACCUAAAAGUAAUAAGUCUACUAAUCAUACUAACAAUGAAUUUACUAAGGCACCUCAUUAUGCAAAUUUAGAAAUAAAUCAUUCAUUGAACACACUAAACCUGUUAUCACAGAUUCCUGAUUAUCAUAAUAACGGGAGUGUUUCGUUGAAUAAUUUACGAAAUCGUUGCGAAUUUUCAUCAAAUCUCGAUUUAGUAUCCAAUGAAAAUUGCCGUAUAACUAGAACAAUAUCUUUAAGAAACGUUGAACAAGAACCGUACACGAAUCUUGGACACCAAUUAUUUACGGGAGAUGUUGGACAAGAAUCAAUGAAUACAACCUACUCAUUAACAGGUUUUAUUCAAAAUGACAUCAUGGAAAAGGAUUUUGAACAGGUUCUAGAAGCAAAAACAGACUGCUUGAAUAAUUUGCAAAAUUCGUUUAGCAGUAUAGAACAAUUAAUGGAAGAUGUUGAACGAAAAACUCUAUCAUUGCCAAACAUAAAGCAUUCAAUUCAACCUGCAACAGAGAAUCAACAAGAAUUAUUGGAAGAUGUUGAACAAAAAACGCUAUCCUCUCGUAAUUUAAAACAGUCAAUUGAACCUACACCAAAAAAUCAACAAGAAUUAUUGAAGGAUGUCAAAAAAAAAACUCCGUCUGUAGCUAAUACAAUUAAUUCGUUGGUAAAAAGUCAAAAAGAAUUAUUGGAAGAUGUUGAACAUAAACAAGAAUACAAAAAAUCUCCUAUGAGUAUAUAUCAACAAAACUUUACGGCAGCCAAAGAAUUUGAAGCAAAUAUGACCGAAGCUUCAUAUCCUUUCAUAAUGCAAUUAUCUAAAAAGGAAGAUGUUGAACAAAAAUACAAAUCACUUAUUAAUUUGAAACAACAAAAUUUUAACAGUGCAAAGGAAUAUGGUGCAACUACGGCAGCAUCAUAUCCGUGCAUAAAGCAAUUACCUAAUGUAGAUGUUGAACAGAAGACUUAUUCUCUAUCAAAAAUUUCAAAAGAGGCUGCUACAUAUUCACUUUCGGAUAUUUAUACACAGAAAUUUAGUAUGGAAGAUGUUGAACAAGCAGUUAAUUCUGUCAGUGUAGAACAAUAUUUUGAAGAAUUGGAAAAACUGUCGACCAAUAGUGCAAUUUUGAAUGAACGCAUGCAGCAAUUGCCUUUGGAAGAUGUUGAACAGCAAACGAAUUCUCUAACACGAGUAAAAGAAAAAAACCUGAAAAAUUCAAGAGCGUCCAGUAACGAAAAAUUAAAUUGUACAACACCGUUACUUUUGGAAGAUGUUGAACAAAUAAUUCAAAACACAGAAAAACAUACUGCUAUUGCCGAGAUUAAUUCAUGUGUGGGACAAAUUCCUACAGAAGAUGUUGAACCUAUUAAAAAAGUAGCAAAAUUCUAUUACAAUCAUGUGGAAGAUAUUGAACAAAAAUAUAAAUCACUUAUCUGUUUGCAACAACAAAAUUUUAAGACUGCAAAGGAAUAUGGCGCAACUACGGUAGCAUCAUAUCCGUGUUUACAGCAAUUACCUAGUGUGGAAGAUGUUGAACAAAAGUCUCAUUCUCUAUCAAGAAUUUCAAAAGAAGCUGCUGAAUAUGCACUUUCGGAUACUUAUACACAGAAAUUAACUAUGGAAGAUGUUGAACAAGCAGUUAAUUCUGUCAGUGUAGAAAAAUAUUUUGAAGAAUUGGAAAAAUUGACAACCAAUAGUGAAAAUUUGAAUCUACGUACGCAGCAUUUAUCUUUGGAAGGUGUUGAACAACAAACGAGCUCUACAUCGCGAGUAAACGAUAAUAAUCUGAAAAAUACAGGAGCAUUCAGUAAGGAAAAAUUGAAUUGUACACAACCGUUACUUUUGGAAGAUGUUGAACAAGUAAUUCAAAACGUAGAAAAAAACACAACCAUUACUGAUACUAAAUCAUGUGUGGGACAAGUUCCUACAGAAGAUGGUGAACCUAUAAAGAAAGUAGCAAAAUUCUAUUACAAUUAUUUGGAAGAUGUUGAACAUAAAUCCAAAUCACUGAUCAAUUUGCAACAACAAAAUUUUAAGACUGCAAAGGAAUAUGGUGCAAGUACGGCAUUAUCAUAUCCGUGCAUAAAGCAAUUACCUAAUGUUGAAAAUGUUGAACAAAAGUCUCAUUCUCAAUCAAGAAUUUCAAAAGAGGCUGAUGCAUUUGCUCAUACAGAUAUUUAUACGCAUAAAUUAACUGUGGAAGAUGUUGAACAAGCAGUUAAUUCUGUCAAUGUAGAACAAUAUUUUGAAGAAUUGGAAAAAUUAACGACCAAUAGUGAAAUUUUGAAUCUACGUACGCCGCAAUUGCCUCUGGAAUGUGUUAUACAACAAACGAACUCUCUAUUACAAGUAAACGACAAAUUAAAUUGUGCACAACCGUUACUUUUGGAAGAUGUUGAACAAGUAAUUCAAAACGCAGAAAAAAACACAACCAUUACUGAUAUUAAUUCAUGUGUGGGACAAAUUUCUACAGAAGAUUUUAAACCUAUAAAAAAAGUAGCCAAAUUCUAUUACAAUCAUGUGGAAGAUAUUCAACAAAAAUAUAAACCACUUAUCUGUUUGCAACAACAAAAUUUUAAGACUGCAAACGAAUAUGGCACAACUACGGCAGCAUCAGAUCCGUGCUUACAGCAAUUACCUAGUGUGGAAGAUGUUGAACAAAAAUCUCAUUCUCUAUCAAAAAUUUCAAAAGAAGCUGCUGCAUAUGCACUUUCGGAUACUUAUACGCAGAAAUUAACUAUGGAAGAUGUUGAACAAGCAGUUAAUUCUGUCAGUGUAGAAAAAUAUUUUGAAGAAUUGGAAAAAUUGACAACCAAUAGUGAAAUUUUGAAUCUACAUAAGCAGCAAUUGUCUUUGGAAGGUGUAGAACAACAAACGAACUCUCUAUCACGAGUAAAAGAAAAUAAUCUGAAAAAUACAGGAGCAUUCAGUAACGAAAAAUUGAAUUGUACACAACCGUUACUUUUGGAAGAUGUUGAACAAGUAAUUCAAAACGCAGAAAAAAACACAACCAUUACUGAUAUUUAUUCAUGUGUGGGACAAAUUCCUUCAGUAGAU